AUGGCCGGGCUGGGCUCGCAGCGGCGCGCGUCUCGGGGGGCCUCGGCGCUCCUGACCGCCGUGCUUCUCUAUGCCGCGCUGGGGGACGUGGUGCGCUCGGAGCAGCAGAUCCCGCUCUCCGUGGUGAAGCUCUGGGCCUCUGCUUUUGGGGGAGAGAUAAAAUCUAUUGCCGCUAAGUACUCCGGCUCCCAGCUUCUGCAGAAGAAAUACAAAGAGUAUGAGAAAGACGUUUCCAUAGAAGAAAUCGAUGGUCUCCAACUGGUGAAAAAGCUGGCAAAGAACAUGGAAGAGAUGUUUCACAAGAAGUCUGAAGCAGUGCGGCGUCUGGUGGAGGCUGCAGAGGAAGCACACCUGAAACAUGAAUUUGAUGCAGACUUGCAGUAUGAAUACUUCAAUGCCGUGCUGAUAAAUGAAAGGGACAAAGAUGGGAAUUUUUUGGAGCUGGGGAAGGAAUUCAUCUUAGCCCCAAAUGACCAUUUUAAUAAUUUGCCUGUGAACAUCAGCCUGAGCGACGUUCAAGUGCCAACGAACAUGUACAACAAAGAUCCAGCAAUUGUCAAUGGGGUUUAUUGGUCCGAAUCCCUAAACAAAGUUUUUGUAGAUAACUUUGAUCGUGACCCGAGUCUCAUAUGGCAGUACUUUGGAAGUGCAAAGGGCUUUUUUAGGCAGUAUCCAGGGAUUAAAUGGGAACCAGAUGAGAAUGGAGUCAUUGCCUUUGACUGCAGGAACCGAAAAUGGUACAUCCAGGCAGCGACUUCUCCAAAAGACGUGGUCAUUUUAGUGGAUGUCAGUGGCAGCAUGAAAGGGCUCCGUCUGACGAUCGCAAAGCAAACAGUCUCAUCUAUUUUGGAUACGCUGGGGGAUGACGACUUCUUCAACAUAAUUGCCUAUAACGAGGAGCUUCACUACGUGGAACCUUGCCUGAAUGGAACGUUGGUGCAAGCUGACAGGACAAACAAGGAGCACUUCAGGGAGCAUCUGGACAAACUUUUUGCCAAAGGAAUCGGAAUGCUGGAUAUAGCUCUGAAUGAAGCCUUCAGCAUUCUCAGUGAUUUCAACCACACUGGACAAGGAAGCAUCUGCAGCCAGGCCAUUAUGCUCAUCACUGAUGGGGCAGUGGACACCUAUGAUACUAUCUUUGCAAAAUACAAUUGGCCAGAUCGAAAGGUUCGCAUCUUCACGUACCUCAUUGGAAGAGAGGCUGCUUUUGCAGACAAUCUCAAGUGGAUGGCCUGUGCCAAUAAAGGAUUUUUCACCCAGAUCUCCACCUUGGCUGAUGUGCAGGAAAAUGUCAUGGAAUACCUCCACGUACUCAGCCGGCCCAAAGUCAUCGACCAGGAGCACGACGUGGUGUGGACUGAAGCGUACAUCGACAGCACUCUCCCUCAGGCACAAAAGCUUGCCAAUGAUCAGGGCCCCGUCCUGAUGACCACGGUCGCCAUGCCUGUGUUUAGUAAGCAGAACGAAACUAGAUCGAAAGGCAUUCUUCUGGGUGUGGUCGGCACAGAUGUCCCAGUGAAAGAACUUCUGAAGACCAUCCCCAAAUACAAGUUAGGGAUUCACGGCUAUGCCUUUGCAAUCACAAAUAAUGGAUAUAUCCUGACGCAUCCAGAACUCAGACCACUGUAUGAAGAAGGGAAGAAGCGGAGGAAACCUAACUACAGUAGUGUUGACCUUUCCGAGGUGGAGUGGGAGGACCGCGAUGAUGUGUUAAGAAAUGCCAUGGUGAAUAGGAAGACCGGGAAGUUUUCCAUGGAGGUGAAGAAGACAGUGGACAAAGGGAAACGGGUUUUGGUGAUGACAAAUGACUACUAUUAUACAGACAUCAAGGGUACUCCUUUCAGUUUAGGUGUGGCGCUCUCUAGAGGCCAUGGGAAAUAUUUCUUCCGAGGGAAUGUAACCAUUGAAGAAGGCCUGCAUGACUUAGAACACCCUGAUGUGUCCUUGGCAGACGAAUGGUCCUACUGCAACACUGACCUACACCCAGAGCACCGUCAUCUGUCUCAACUAGAAGCUAUUAAGCUCUACCUCAAAGGCAAAGAACCUCUGCUCCAAUGUGAUAAAGAAUUGAUACAAGAAGUCCUUUUUGAUGCUGUGGUGAGUGCUCCCAUUGAAGCCUAUUGGACCAGCCUUGCCCUCAACAAAUCUGAGAAUUCUGACAAGGGUGUGGAGGUGGCCUUCCUCGGCACUCGCACGGGCCUCUCAAGAAUCAACCUGUUUGUUGGGGCCGAGCAGCUCACCAAUCAGGACUUCCUGAAAGCUGGAGACAAGGAGAACAUCUUUAAUGCAGACCAUUUCCCUCUCUGGUACCGAAGAGCCGCUGAGCAGAUUCCGGGGAGCUUUGUCUAUUCGAUCCCAUUCAGCACAGGAACAGUCAACAAAAGCAAUGUGGUGACAGCAAGUACCUCCAUCCAGCUCCUGGAUGAACGGAAGUCUCCCGUGGUGGCAGCUGUAGGCAUUCAGAUGAAACUUGAAUUUUUCCAAAGGAAGUUCUGGACUGCCAGCAGACAGUGUGCCUCUCUGGAUGGCAAAUGCUCUAUCAGCUGUGAUGAUGAGACUGUGAACUGUUACCUCAUAGACAAUAAUGGAUUUAUUCUGGUGUCUGAAGACUACACACAAACUGGAGACUUUUUUGGUGAGGUGGAGGGAGCUGUGAUGAACAAAUUGUUAACAAUGGGCUCCUUUAAAAGAAUUACCCUUUAUGACUAUCAAGCCAUGUGCAGGGCCAACAAGGAGAGCAGCGAUGGUGCCCAUGGUCUACUGGAUCCUUAUAAUGCCUUCCUUGCUGCAAUAAAAUGGAUAAUGACAGAACUUGUCUUGUUCCUGGUGGAAUUUAACCUCUGCAGUUGGUGGCACUCAGAUAUGACAGCUAAAGCCCAGAAAUUGAAACAGACCCUGGAGCCUUGUGAUACUGAAUAUCCAGCGUUCGUCUCUGAGCGCACCAUCAAGGAAACCUCAGGGAACAUUGCUUGUGAAGACUGCUCCAAGUCCUUUGUCAUCCAGCAAAUCCCAAGCAGCAAUCUGUUCAUGGUGGUGGUGGACAGUAGCUGCCUCUGUGAGUCUGUGGCCCCCAUCACCAUGGCACCCAUUGAAAUCAGGUAUAACGAAUCCCUUAAGUGUGAACGUUUAAAGGCUCAGAAGAUCAGAAGGCGUCCGGAAUCUUGUCAUGGCUUCCAUCCUGAGGAGAAUGCGAGGGAGUGUGGGGGUGCGCUGAAUCUCCAGGCCAAGAUGGUCCUUAUCCUGCUCCCUCUGCUUUUGAUGCUCUUCUCAAGGUGACACUGAUGGAGAUGUUCUCUUGGCAUGCUAAAGUAUGGAAAAACUGUGAGCCAAAAUAUGGUGCGACAUAGGAGACAUGAAAUGUAGUCCAACCAUCAGCAUCUCAUGAUAUUAAACUGUGCGUGAUAUAAACUCUUAGAGAUAU